CUGGUGUGCGGACGUGGCCCGAGUCUUUUCCCCGCUUCUCGUUGUUGCAGACAUCUGUCGUGACCGAGUUCGUUUUAAAGGUAAUUGAACUGGAAAAAAGUUGGGAAGCGUGAGGCGAGCGCGGACGUCCAGAAAUCCCGAGGACUUGUGAGGACAGGUCAGUGAAUCUUUAGAAUCAAAGGAAACCAGCGCUUGACAGAAGGAAGUUCUCAUUGCACCUAAUUGGAGCUUUUUCCUGCGCUGUCUGCUGAUGGCUGUAUUCCCCUACAACUUGUUACAUACGUAGCCUGUGCAACGUCUUCUGCGAGAGCGUCUCCUCGUCUUGAAGAGGUUCUGGUUAAAGCACCUGAACCUCAAGGUGUUUCACAAUGCGGAGCUGUUGCUAGAAGGUUCGGGCCCUGUGGAUUUGUGCAGGAGCUGCCUAGAGAUAACAGUAACGUUAUUUGUGAACAAAGCAGCAGUCUUAUAGACUCUUCUAAGAUUAUCGUUACUGUAAUAUAACAGUAAUAGUAGAUACUGAGUGUAUUUCAAACAAACUCCGCUGGCAGCAUUUUUUGAAAAGCGCGUAGUCCAUUUUUGUCAGCAGUGAGAAACACCAUAUCCAUAGCAUGAGAAGCUCAGAUCACUGGAUUGAUUGCUGAGUUACAAAAUACAGCCUUUUGGUCUGUUUUAUCUUCGCCAGAGUCCCCAGAAAAUGCGGGUGUCUAGUAUAAACUCUUGCUAACCUUUUCUCCAAACUGUUUAUUUCGCUGGAGCACUCAAGCGGCAGUGUGUUUUUCUGUAUGGAGUUUAGUGUGAUGGCUCUGCUCUUGUGGCUGAUGGCAUCGUGAGUGUGCUCUCUAAAAAACAAUAAAUCAAAUAUUAAAAAACAACUAAGCAGCCCAGUUUUGUAGUGAAGCUGCCAAUAGAAGCUUUGUCAGUUGUCAGAUUAGGUAUCAAAGGAGCUGGUCCUAAAAGCAUCAAAUCUGUUGAACAAUGAAGUGACAGAGCAGCCCCAGCUCUUCCAAUGUAACUGCGUGGGUCUCCUCGAGCGUCUUUUUGCAGAGCCUCUAUGAAAAUAUCAGCCUGUCUGCGGUGUGCCUGCUGCACUCUGAAAAUCUCAACCCAGAGCCUUUUGUGUUGGAUCCACAAGAAGCUCUGAGGGUUUGCAAAUUACUUCUGAGGAAUGUACGAAAGCAAACAAAAACAAAUUUAGAUGCUCUGUGAAAGUAGUCUUUAUACACGAUGUUUCUAACCUACUAGAUUGUAAUAGUCUUAAUCCCUGCCUUCCAUAAUUCUGCGAUGGUGAAAAGCAAGGUGAAAAGCUGUGCAUGCAGCAGCAGUUUUGUGCUGGCUUCUUAGAAACCCUUUGAAGGACUACUGCAGUUGAUACUGUGGCAGAGAACUCGAGGAUGCUGCUGGGUGUGUGUAGUCUUGUCUGGACAUUGCUAUCAGUUGGUUUCAUUCAAGCUGACUAUUAGUCUGUCAGGUCUGGUAUCAGGCUAGACCUGUGCUAGGAGCUUGCUUAAAUGACAAGAAAAUCACAGAACAGACAUUAACAAGUAGUUUGCUGAUGGGCUCUUUUUUUUUUUUUCCUUUAUGGCUACGUAUCAUCGGGCAAUUUAAACCUGUUUCAUACGCAGCAAUGGGUAUGAAAGUCCUCAGACUUUGGCCUUUCCGGGCAACUGUCCCACUUUUUUUGUCACAGUGGGGCUGUAGAGCUUUUCAAAUAAGCCGUAAGUGGUGUAAGUAACAUCUGUUUGUGUUUAUCCUCCACCUUUCUCUAGGUUGGAGCUAUUCAACCAAGGAGUGUCUUGUUUUGGUACCUCUUUCGUGUUGUCUUUAAUGUGUGUGCUGCUAUCUCCUUAUCUUGGCUAAGGCAACAUCAAAGCAAAAGACUUGACCCCUUGGGUGAAAGUUGUGGAGGUUUGUGAUGGAUUCAGGGCUACUAGGGAGCAGGAGCAGAAGGACCAGAGGGAUGGGAGGAGAACGGCUGCCGGUAGCGGCAGGGAUGAGCAGGCAGCAGUAGCUAUAAAACCUUGUACCUUGCACCUCAGGAGAAGUAGGCAGCAGCUGGUAUGGAGAGGGAGAAGCAGAAACGAAAAAGUCAUGUCUGGUGAAUCUCUGUUCACUUCUGCUGUUCCAAAUAACGCCAUCAUAUGAUCGUGCCCUGCGACUUCUGCAGGAGGUGGGGGACAUUCAGCAUAUGACAGCAAUUUCUAACUAAAACUAACCCUGGACGGCCAACCUGUGGGGCCUACUGACCCUAACUGUGCAGUUAAACUCUUGAUUGAGGUUGUGCUAUGAGUGGAGGGAGUCGUGAAAAUCUCGUGAGCAGUUGUCAGCUAUUUUCAGUGUUGACUUGGCUUCUGGGUGCUCGAUAUCAGACAUCAAAACUAUCCGUGUGAAAACAAGGAACCCUAGGGCUCAGCUGAGAAAAGGGACACAGACCCUCAUGGAGGAAUCCUUGCUUUUAAUAAACAAACAAAAGUAAGGAAAACCUCAAAGGAGUCUCUGUGAGAUAGUCAAGCAAUGUACGUGCACACAGAAGAUUGCCUUUAAGUACGGAUCUACAUAACGUAAAGGAAAACUCCCUCACUGCAAAGGAAGGAAUAGGAAGAUAGUAACCCAGAGGAUAGCAGUUUUUUGCCCUGAUGCUUGUAGUUUACAGUCAAACCACAUUUAUCUCUAAACCUGACAAUCUGUUGAAUCCAUUUAGCCCUUGAAAUGUUCUAUUUCUCGUGCUGCUGUUGCACUUCAAUGCUUUAAGAAUCUCUGAAUCUGAUCUUGUAUUAUGGAACUGCAGAAAAUUGCUGAUGUAUCCACCAUGCAAGCUAUCGAGUUGCUUGUUCAGAAAACAUAACCACGUGAAGUUAUAAAGUGUCCCUUUUAUUAUUAUUUGUAUGCACGCUGCUCCUUGGAGGUCCUCAGAUUUGUGCCCUUCCUCCUUGUUUUCAUAUCCUAAAAUGUCAGUUCCUCUUGCAGUUCAAAAAUAUUUGUUUAACAUUUUGCCAGCCUGCAGAAGAGGAGAAACAGACCCCCGUGAAUAUUGUCUGGCAAAAUAAGAAAUGUAAUGUAGGAAUGUGGUCCGAAUGGCUUCUUUGUCUCAGUGCUGGAGGGCGGCUGGAACACACACAGCAAAAAGCAGGUGCUUGAUUUGCAGCUCUGAACAGUUUUUCUUUCUCAAAGUCACUGUACACGCACUAAAAGAAAUUGCUGCUAGUCCAGUUCUCAGGGCCCUGUCCCUGCCUUACAUCCGAGGGAAACCUUCGUAGAGUAGCACAUGUAACCAGCUGUGCUGAUUCCAGAAAGAACCAACUUACGGUGGUUUGCAGAUGAAUUCUCAUAAUUGCCAAUUUUUGAAUAUUCAGAACAUGUAAGGAUGGCCUCUGGCAAGAUGAUGAGGUUUAUUUGAAAAAGAAACUUAAAACAAUGUUGGGCGCUGGCUUUGGUUUGUGAGGUCUAAGGUUUUUCUCUUCCAUCAAAGGAGCAGAUUUUUUCCACCUUCAUUCUGGUGGAAGCUGAAGCUCUCCAUGGUUGUUUGUCUCCAGGAGCUAGAGCUAGUUUUGCUCAAGAAAAACGCAAAUAUAAUGAGUGCAGUGACUCAAAUCCAUGCAAGUUGUCAGCACUCAAAAGACGUUAGUGUUCUUGCAGAGCAGGCUAGAGCCAAUUUCAGGAAUGAUGUGUGUAUUUGUGGAUAACAUCUGAAUCUUGCUUUAGAUUUAUGGGUUAAGACUUAUGGUGAAAUGGGGCAUGCAAUAAAAUCCGUGGAUCACAUUUUCUUUACCAAACAUUAGGGUUGACUCCUGCUGGGAUCUGACCUCCGGCGUCAAAGCAACUGAAGUGGUGGUCAAACCUCAAAUCUAAAGCUAUUCUGCUGUCUCCUCCCAGUUGCCUGCUUCUAAUUUAGGAGCAGUGCCCAGAAGUGGCUCUUCAGUUAGAUUUGAAGUGGGUGUAAGUGUACGCACUCUGUUUUCUGUCCUCUCUGCAUGAAGACCCAGAGCCUCCACGUUACUCUGAGCCUGUGCGUGAGCUACCUGCUGGUGAUUUCAUGCUGCUUCCAUCAGCAGGCUGUGCUCUGCAGCUGACACAGAGCAUCUGCCACUGGUCCAGGACGCUACGCUGCUCUCUUUUCCCUCUGUCCAGUGAUAUAAUGUCACUUCUGCUCUGAUCCUCCAUUUGGAGAAGAGGGGACCCAAAGCAUUUCAGUGGUCUACAAAAUGUGAGCUAAUCUGUGUGUCCUCUGUUAGCGCUGUGUCUGCCUGCGUGGUGUGCUGGGUAUUGCUGUGCUACCUUGGCCUGCUUUCUGGUGGAAAUUCUCCCUUCGCUCGGAGCUGCGCAAACAGAAUAAAGGAUUGUUCUGGGCGCAGAGAGAGCGGCCUUGUAGGUCUGGGGCUCGAGGCAGUUCAUAAAUACAAAGAGAUGGAGCACAAAGGAACAAUGAGAUGACAGCGCCCUUGCAGGGCAGCAGGCUGUGCGUACCAGGUACUGGCUCGUGGGGGGACAGGAGAGGGCUUUGUGUGGGCGCUGUUGCUGUUGGACUCCAGAGGUGCGUUUGGGAACGGUUCUGACAAACGACUCCUGUGUGAGAGGGGCGGUGGAAGCAGCUGGAGCAAUGCUAGAACAAAAGGCUGCUGUGCUACAGCCAAGGCCAACCGAGCAAUUAACGGGCCUGGAAGGGUGGCUUUUCAUGGGGACUGACUAAAGCUAGGUGGAGGAGAGCAGCUACAUGUCGUCGGGAGAGGGGGCUGACCGUGCAGAUAGAAAGAGGGGCACAGGGGACGUAGGAAGGAUGCUUCCAGCUAUUAAACCUCAGCCCAUGGAUAUUGUUUCAGGGGAAAUUCUUGCAACCUCAGUGCUUGAGAUCCAUCCAUCCAGACUGGACAAAUGUGCUGGAGAAUGUGCUGUUGGGAACAGUCUUGCGACAGCCUCGGGGAAGAUGAUUCAACAGGGCCUCUUUCGUCUUUGAUUUCUGCGAACAGUCUACAUUUGUGCUGCCCCCAGAUAUUCCCAUUCAUCACUGUCUGUGGCCCAUGUUGAUAGCCGUGAAUAAGCCUCUUGGGCAAGAGCAGGGAAUGCUAGCUAUCCCCCGUUAGCAGGCAAGUGCAACUGCGGCUAGUUAGCACACGCUGGUGCAGAGCCAGAAUGACCCAAAACGGUGCUGGUGAUAACCCCUUUCCCAGAUCUUACUGGGCACAGCCAGCACUGUGCCUGCCUGAGGCGCCCUGGCUGUUUGCCCGAGGCGCCCAGAGCACGUUGCGGGAAUAUCAGAGGUCUUUCUGCUUCGUUUGUAGCUCGCUGAACUUUACUCCGGUAAAUAUGGGCAAGAGAGCCCAGUGAGGAGAGAAAAUCCUGCUCUACUCAGAGUCUGAAAUGCACAAACUUUUAAUCUUCUGCCCCUACGACAGCAGACCUUGUCAGCAAGCGCUAAGGAGCUUUAGUGCUCGCACCACUUCCCUGCCUGCCCUCUUGAUGGAUGCAGGGUGUAUCAAAGCGAGAAACUAACCAUGUGCAAUGAAAAGCCUGAGCACCCCUGGCCAGAGCACUCAGCAAAAUCCAGGCAGCUUUGAACUUGAACUCCCAACUUAAUUACUAAAAAUCUAAUAAUUCAAGGCUGAUGCUCCUCCUGGAGCUGCAAAACAGAAGUCAGGUGCCUGUCUGUACGCAGAGGCAGGGAGCGAGGGGGGUGGUAAAACGCCUCGCUCUGUUCACCGCCUAUAGAAAUUGUGACUUUGAGCUUUGUCUUUUCAGAAGUGGAAAACUCCCCUUGCAGCGACUCCUUGCUGCUGCGUGUGCUGGGUAAAUGGCUACAGCUUAAUGUGAAAUCCCUGCGUGUUCAGGGUCUGCGAUACAUUAAACUGAUAAUGAGAGUGGGGAAAGGAAAAGGCUUCCUAAGCUGCUUAUAACAAUCUUUCAGUGAAAGUUAUCUGUCUUAAAAAAUACACUCUGAUGGCUUCUUAUCUUUGUAGUUAUCCAGACAGCUUCAGACAGAAGUAAAAUCACAGGAUCUCUCAUUUUUAGACCCAGACCUCAUGACCAGUCUGUCAUGAUAAGGAGAAGGUGCUCUCAGCUCCAGGGGUGAUCUGAGGGCCCUCAUUAACACGGAGACGUUGGCGUGCCGCAGGCAGAUGGCAGGGCUCGUGCAAAGUUUUUACCAUCUGAGGCACAUGAAAUUGCUUUUCGUGUCCGAAAGAUCUCGGGACUUGGAUACGUGACCUUAAAGAGAAAUCUGGUCAUUCCCUGCACGUGUGCUGCUCACCUGUCCCUGUGGCUGCUGAGACAGGAGGAGCCUUUCUGAGACAGGAGGAGCCUGGCAUAGUGGUGUAAACCCACCUCCACGGGCAGCUGCAGUCUGGAGGGCAGCACGCAGGUGGCUGAGAGGCAGCGGGACGGAAACGGCAGCUCUGCCAGGGGGGCAGACAGCAGGGCCAGCGGGAUCUUACAGCAGCUCCCAGCCCAAAGUCUGCGGGGUUUGCUGUAUUCCCUCCCCCUUCGAGUUGUGCCACCACGGGUGGCUGCCCGUCCGCAUCCGUUCGCGCACCGGCUCCGGUACGAGCACUUGCACGAUCUCCGAGCAGGGGGGUAAAACCCAGCCGUUCCCAGGAGAGCUGCGGGCUGUUGCCCAGCUUGCUCGCCUCUUGUGCGCUCGGGGCCUGAUGUGACUGAUGGGGGUUCUGUGCUCACAGCUGUCUCGGGGCUAUUCCUCACGCUGCAAAGGCUCUUUGUCUCAUUCAAAGCCAUGACCUCAUUUUAGAGACAGAAAACAGAGAGGGAGAAACCCACCAACCUGCCAGCGGAGGUCAAAGGGCUUGCUGAGAGAUAUGUUAGCAUCAAACUUCUCCGGCAGGGACACAAAUAACUGGAAUUGCAGACCAGAAAAUUACCAUGAAAAAAUGGACUAACUACCAUGUGAUUACAAAAGAGCCCAUUAGCUCUGUGUGUGUCUAGGAUUCAAAGUAUACCCUUUGAGGAAGAGCACAAGGUCAUGCUCCCAAAACUUUCAGCGAAAGGGACUGCAGAAGCCUGCGCCUGUUGCCUGCUGCUCUCCAAGCACCGCCACGCAUAGAGGAGCAACCAGCCAAACCUCUGUCUUUCGCAGGUAUGGACCUCAGGACACAUUUUUGGCAAAAGGAGGGAAGGUGAGAUUUCAGUGUUAGGUGGCAGCAGCUCCCGCUAUGGUUAAAAUUUGUCAGACCCCUCUCUGCGGCUUCAAAACGGGCCCGUUGGGGUACGGCUCGGUCCUCUGCCGCGGCUGCUGGUUUGUGCUAGCACAUCACAGCUGCCCUCUGCACCCUGAGGCUGGCACUGAGACUCAGCUGGCCCCAUGACUGUCACAGUUUUCUAAAUAAAGCCAGAAAUGAUGAUGACCUCUCAUGGGGUACAAGUCCCAGAGCCGCCUUGGAGCCUGACCGUGCCGGAGGAGCCACGGUGCUGUGGCUUGCUGGGCAGGCAGACGUGCCGUUACGCAGCAUUCGUGCUUUGGUUGGAAACAAGAAGUUCCAAUUUCACUUCCCAUUUUCCCAGCCCUGUGAACAGACAUUGCAAAGCAGGCACAAUAAAAUAGCUAGGGUUUCUGCCCUCCCAUUUCUUCUCUGUAACAGGUGGGAAAUUUUUCUCCUGCUCAGCACUGGUGACUAGAACUGAGAAGUUGUGUGUCGCUGUUUCAGUGCCAAGGUGAGCUGCGCAGCAUCCAUGGGACAGCCAUGUGUUGUUCUCUCUGUCAGCUGCCAACCUUCCACCAGGACUGGUUUGCUCUUUCCUUUGCCAGUUCCAGUUUGUUGGGACCACAGCAUGUGAGCAGAAGGGGAAGCACGGAGCGGGAUCUCGGCCUGCCCACGCUUGGACUUGACGUUGCUGGGCCCACGUCUUGCAGCAGGAGGAAGAGGAAAAGACGGUUUGCUCACCGACGCUAAAAAUGGGAGGCAGCAUCUGUCCGGCAGACCGGGAACGGAAGCUCCAGACCUCGCCUGUGGGACAUCUCUGGGAGCGCCGGAGCGCCGCAGCCCUCUGUCAGUGAGGGUGUGGGGCAGCAUGGCACACAGAGCGUGGCUCAGCACGCUGCUGCACAGCCGCAGGGCCCAGCUCCUGCUGGUCAACUCCCUGACGUUUGGCCUCGAGGUCUGCCUGGCUGCCGGCAUCACCUACGUGCCUCCGCUGCUGCUGGAAGUGGGCGUCGAGGAGAAGUUCAUGACCAUGGUUUUGGGGAUAGGACCUGUCCUUGGCCUGGUUUUUGUCCCACUGAUCGGAUCUGCCAGUGACCACUGGCACAGCAGCUACGGCCGAAGGCGGCCUUUCAUCUGGAUGCUGUGCCUGGGAGUCCUGCUGAGCCUCUUCGUGAUCCCGCACGCCAGCAGCCUGGCCAGCCUGUUUGCCCUCAACACUCGCCCGCUGGAGAUCGCCUUCCUCAUCCUGGGCAUCGGGUUACUGGAUUUCUGCGGCCAGGUCUGCUUCACCCCGCUCGAGGCCCUGCUCUCGGACCUCUUCCAGGAGCCCGACAACUGCCGCCAGGCCUUCUCCAUGUACGCCUUCAUGAUCAGCCUCGGGGGCUGCAUUGGCUACCUGCUGCCAGCCAUUGACUGGGGGGGCAGCUUUCUGGCCCCGUACCUGGGAGGGCAGGAGACGUGCCUCUUCAGCCUCCUGGCUGUCAUUUUCCUUGGCUGUGUGCUGGCCACGCUCUUUGUGACUGAAGAGGCAGCCACCCAGGCAGAUGCCCUGGACGGCGCAGCACUGAAGGAUGCUCUUCCUAAGCCCUCCCCUCCUGCCUGCUGCUCUUGCCAGCUCUCCAAGAGCCUCCUGCAGGCCAGGCACAUGGUGCAGGCCCUCAGAAACCUCUGCACGCUGCUGCCGCGGCUUCACAGCCUCUACUGCCGCAUCCCCAGGGUCAUCCGGCGCCUGUUCGUGGCCGAGCUCUGCAGCUGGAUGGCACUCAUGACUUUCAUGCUGUUCUACACGGACUUUGUUGGGGAAGGGCUGUACCAUGGUGUCCCCAGAGCCAAGCCGGGCACAGACGCCAGACGCCACUACGAUGAAGGUGUCCGGAUGGGUAGUUUGGGCCUCUUCCUGCAGUGCGUCACGUCCAUCUUCUUUUCGACAAUCAUGGACCGGAUGGUGAAGUGCUUUGGGACGCGGGCGGUCUACCUGGCCAGCGUGGUGUUCUUCCCCGCGGCUGCCUUCGUCAUGUGCCUUUCCCACAGCGUCAUCGUUGUGACCAUCUCGGCUGCUCUCACGGGCUUCACCUUCUCUGCACUCCAGAUCCUGCCAUACACGCUGGCAUCGCUCUAUCAUCAUGAAAAACAGGUAUUUUUGCAUAAAUACAAGAGCAAAGAGGAGGAAGGUACGGCUCGACUGGACAAGAAAUCGGCCUUCCCUAAAAGCCUUUCUAGCCAGAAGCUGACUUACCAGAAUGGACAUGCUGGGGGCCUCUACUCCUCCUCCUCCUCCUCCUCCUCUCCUCCUCCGGCUGCCAGCUCAGCUCUGUGCGUCAGCUCCUCCUGCGACGUCUCGCUGAUGAUGAUGGUGGGAGAACCGGACUCGGUGGCUCCUGGCCGAGGGAUCUGCCUGGACCUGGCCAUUUUGGACAGUGCUUUCCUUCUCUCUCAGGUUGUCCCCUCCCUCUUCAUGGGGUCCAUCGUCCAGUUUACGCAGUCGGUGACUGCCUACAUGGUGUCGGCUGCUGGCUUUGGCCUGGUGGCGAUUUACUUUGCAACCAAAGUUGUCUUUGAUAAGAGUGACAUGGCCAAGUAUUCAUUGUGAUGGGGAAUGCACAGGGACAGCACGUGGCUGCCUGCACGUGGCAAAACGAGCUGUGUGUACGCUCACACAGCCGCUUGUCGGAAGCCUCGUGUUGUGUGUGCUCUCCCCACGCUGCUGCUGGGACCCCUGGGGGGUUGCUCUAGGCUGGGGGCAGGAGCCGUGCAGCAGGGCUAAUCUCAGGUGUAAAUAUGAGGCAUCGGGGCAUUGUGCUUCGGGCCAGCAGUGCUUUCCACGUGGUGCCUUUAUCAGAUGAAAGCACUGCACAGCCAGCACCAAAGGAGAUUGUACAGGGGGACAGAAAGGAAACGGACUUUUCCUUUAAUAACGGGUCACGUUUCUGUCGUGUUUCUACCUAAACCGAGCAGGAGAGGCAGUGAUAUGGGAGGGGAGGAAGAAAUCAUUGGUUCUCCUGUUUUCCAGCUAUAGAUGUAUCCUCUUACCCUGCUUGUUGUAAUUUUACUCAGCUUCUUGAGUAACACUUCAAACAGGGCACUGGGAGGAGAUUUCCUUGGGAAAAGGAUGGGUGCCUAAGGUUUGGUCGUGGAGCAAAGGGGUGCGUAUGCACGCAUGUGUGCUUCAGUCUCUGUUCUGACUGGGAGAAACCCUUUAGGAGAAAAGUUACUAUGCCUUGUUUUGGGAAAAACAAGUGACGUUUCAUUAGGACCAAUUCCAAAAGGUGACUUAUCUUUUACAUAUGUACCAAGUUUCAGCAGAUGAAAAGGACUUCUUAAUUUAUUUUUUUUCCUGAAUGAUUGUUUUUAGCUUUCCUUACAGUUCUCAGUAACUGGCCUCUCACUCCUCAGGGCCCGGAGCAGCCACCUGUCCUCUCCCAGUGCCUCCUAGCAGAUUUGGGCUGGUGUGCCUCUUCCACACCUGACCCUUCACACCUGAGUGAAAUAGAACAGGCAGAGCUCUCCUGGAAGGCUGUCUGAGAACAAAUGUUCUAGGCUGGAGGAAGCUGCAGGGAUUGCUUGUCCACCGAUGGCCAGCUGAACUCGGCAGCAGUCGCUGCUGUACUAGCUACCUCGUGUUGGUCGCUGGCUGUGUUUGUGUUCUUUCAAAGAGGUGGCCCCAAAGCAGCCUUCCAGACCAGACUCUUUCCAAACUGAAGGGCUUUUGGCUGUGCUUGCAGGCUGGCAGAGCACACUGCAUUGCGGUGUCCCGGUGAGUUAACACAUUGCCAGCGCUCCCAAAGCAGCUGCUGGAAACAGCAUCAUGAACGCUCCCGCCGCUGCUUUGAGAACAGGGCAAGCCUAGUUCUUGGUGUGUUGGACGAAGGAAGGAGCAGAACAGAAACUCUUGAUGCUGUUUGUGCCUGUGGUUUGCUGAUCCAGAUUACACGUUUACUAUGUUACGCUUGUUUUGGCUUUUUUUUUUUUAAUUUCCAGACAGAGGUCAAGAUUCUUACUGAGGCACAGCAUAAACACAGUUACCUGUGAGAGUAAGGCAGAGUGCCUGCUGCACCGGGACCGAUGCUGCUGGGUUGUUUAGGUUGGGCAGCCGUCAGACGUGAGUCAUCUUCCCUGGCAGAGGAGCGGCUGCAGCUGUGCUUCUGGCCAGCCCCAUGCCUGAUGCGAGUGGACCAGCUGCAAUAAUUCUGCAGAUAGCAGAUCUCUGCCACUUGAAGAUUCCUCAUACACCAAGAAGGAGUCCAGGUCCUGGCCCCCAGUCAGCGCUUAGACUUUGAAAUGCACAGAGAAAAGCAUGAACUGGGCGUUUGGAGGUUAGGCUGUGUGCAUGCAGAAGUUCAGCAGUCCUUAAUUUUGGCUGGUCUAAACAAAGUGUUUGUGAGUAAUUUUCUGUGGAGGUGUGUGGGCAGUGAGAUGCACUGGUGAGGUUCUGCUAAGGGCAAAAUGUUGCUAUUUUUGUGAGGUCAUGUCAGACUAUUCCUUGGCAUGGAAGCAAGGUUACUCCCCUGCUGUCUGCAGACGGGUCCUGAGAGAGCUUCUCCUAAGUUUUUUUAAAGUAUCUUUCCUGUAAAGGGUGACUGUUUUUGUUUUAUUUCUUCUCAGAUUAUAUGCCUACCGGCCUCCCUUUCCCACAACAAGGUCUGUGUGCUGAAAUGCAGCUGUUUGGGGGAUGGAUCUGGUGGCUGCUUAACCACCUACGGAAACAGUUUUUCAUCUGCACUUCCUACCCUGGUCUCUGUCCACUUCAGGCUUCGGAAGGAAGUUUUUGAGGCAAAACAUUAUUGCCAACAGUGGGGUGUUGCUGGGAUGAGUGCUCCUAGUGAGCAGUAACCUCUGACCAACAUUUUUCAAGCAGGUCCCCACCUGAGUGCUGGAAUAUCUUGCCAUUUGUCUAAGUGCCUGUAGAGGACUUCCACACCAACCUCAGGUCUGCUGGUCUGAUGAUGAAGGCCUUGAAUGCCUCAUUAGGAACAUCCCGGUGAUCCUUAAGGAAGCAGUGGGCUCAAGGGGGCGUUAGCCUUGUUUUCUAAUGCCUUUGGGUUUGGAACAUGAGAGAAAAAGAUGCUGCAGUUGUUGAUCCAUAACUUGUAUGUGUCCUUCAAGAGGAGAAGCUUAAGCGUGCCAGAUUCCCCAGCGGCCCUGCCCCCAGGGCUUGGGGUUAGUCCAUGCAGAGAUCUCGCUCAGGCCCGGAGAGGCACAGACCCACCCACCACGGGGCUCCUUAGCCAUCCCUGCUCUGCCCGUGCUGCUCUUCUCUUAGCCAGUUCAGCACCUGUGAGAAGAGCUGCUUGGUUAUUUACCAAGAGACUCCGAUUUCUCACAUCUCCUUCCCCCCAGCCCCCUUCUUUCCAUUUCCUCAGCUGGAGCGAAACCCUGUGGAUUCGGUAGUUGCUCCUUUCCUUCUUACCCUCCUGUUACACCAGGAAAAGUCUGCUGGGCCCGCUGCCAGCUCCUAACAUAGUGGGCAGGUGGGUGCAGGAAGGAGCGUUUGCCAAGACCCAGCUCUGUCUUUGCUAACCCUGUCCCCUGCCCGAGCAGAGCUGCGCUGCUGGCAGGAGAGCGGUGCAGGAAACGGCCACGUGUGGACGGGUCCUGGGCAGGCAGGGGUGGAGGGGGAUGUUGCAUUUGCUGCCACUGCAAUGGCCCCAUCCCUCUUCCCGAUUUAGCUGUCCUCCAGUACGCUCUUUCAUUACCAAGAGCCUUUCUUCCUAGCUCAGGCAGUCGCUGGGGCUCGUAGGAGAGGCAUUUCCCAAAACGCGCGCUGAGAAACUCCUUUAGAAGAUUAAGUCCUUUCUGGAACAGCUUCCCUGUGUCCGGAUCCCAUACAGGCCAGCAGGGGACACGGGUGUGUACUGGUAAAGGUGAGCACAUCUCUGACUGUACGGACAUAAGGGUGCGAGCACAGCCACCUCUCCAGGACGCGGUUACACCACACAGGGAUGGGACAGGCUCCUCCGAGCUGUCAUCGGCAGCAUUUCCGUCUUGGGGUAGCGCCUGCGCUGUGCCUCCCUCUCCGUCCCUUUUGCGAGGCAGUGGCUGUGAGAGCCGAGCUGGGGACAGAGGGGAGCUGGGCGAGCAUCUUCUCUGUUGCGGGGCUCUUUUUGUGAACCUGUGGGCGAGGGAAGGCCAUGUCGACGCUGGGUUUCUUUGGAGAUCGCGUACUGUCUGCGAGACGCGGAUGUUUUAUUUAUUCAGUAGAGUAAAUAUUUUGUAUACGAUGUAAGAGGAAGGCUAUAAUAAAUUUUUAUGAAACGGAGGAAAUAAAAAGCGCUCAAACCG